AUGCCUCCCUCAAAACCGUCGUCGUCCUCCGACCCGACCAAAGAAAAGUCCAAGGAUAGGUCCAAGGAUAAGUCCAAGGUCCACAAGCUCGCCCUAAAGGGUAGUGCUAGGCUCGUUGCUGAAUUCUUCCAAUACUCCAUACACUCGAUCCUAUUCCAACGAGGUGUCUACCCAGCGGAGGAUUUCGUAGCUGUCAAGAAAUAUGGCUUGAAUAUGCUUGUCUCCGCCGACGAUCAGGUCAAGGCCUACAUCAAGAAGAUCAUGUCUCAGCUUGACAAGUGGAUGGUGGGAGGCAAGAUAUCGAAGCUCGUCAUCGUGAUCACGGACAAAGAUACCGGGGAGCACGUCGAGCGCUGGCAGUUUGACGUUCAAAUAUUCGGAAAAUCGUCGUCAAAGUCAAGGACCGCCCUGACAGCCGCCGAUCAAGAAAACCAAACCCCAAGCUCCGAUGCCGGCGAAGCCAUCUCAGAAAAGACCGAGAAAGAGAUACAGGAUGAAAUCGCCGCCAUCUUCCGCCAAAUCACCGCCUCUGUUACCUUCCUUCCCCAGCUCAGUGGUGACUGUACCUUCAACGUCCUCGUCUACGCCGAUGCCGAUUCGGACGUUCCUGUUGAGUGGGGUGACAGCGAUGCUAAGGAGAUCAAUAAUGCGGAGAGAGUCCAACUCAGAGGCUUUAGCACGAGCAACCACAGAGUUGACACGCUCGUGAGUUACCGGCUUGCAGAGUAG